CGCAGCGUUUCAUUUGUGCAGUCGUUCCAGCAGAUGUUGCGCGAGGUAGUAUAGCUAACCUCAAACGCGAAUGUUUAUAUUUUUAAAUUUGAUUUCGUAAAAAUGGUGGCUGGAGUUAAAUGGAAGGACGCUUUUUGUGUUAUUCUAGUGACAGUUUCAUUCAAAUCUUGGGAUAAUUUCGUGUAUGGACAAAUUUGUAAUCAUGUGCAUCCCAAACACGACGAGGUGUCUCACACGCACAUUGAACCGGCACAUGUCAUGAAGAAGCGAAGUCCAGACCAGUCUUUGAGAAUUCUACUUUAUUAUGACUCCAGUGUGUACAGACUCGACCGUGAACGGUUCGACUUAAUCAAUGAAACAAUUCUGCCGCAAGCUGUCACCUUCUGGGAGAAGGCAUUGUUUGUUCGAAGAGUUGAGAGUGUAAUACGAUUAACCAGGAAAUGCAACAACACGCAGGUGUUCGUGAAGAACUCCCUGACCCACUGCAUCGACACUUGCAAGGAGAAGACGAUGUGCGGCGAAGUGGUCGUACCUGAGGAGCAUUUGGACGCGUGCAGAACCUGCAACGCCACGGGCCAAGACUGUGGGAUAGCAAAAGGCUCAAAAGCCGGUGAAGGAAUCGAAAAUUUCGAUUUCGUCUUUUAUGUAAGCGCCAUGCAGACCGAACGUUGUAACAAGUCAUUAACCGUGGCAUAUGCCGCCCACUGCCAACAAGAGGCAGCUUUGGACAGGCCGAUCGCUGGGCAUGCCAACCUCUGCCCAAACAGCAUAAGUACCAAGCGGCAAGAGGUCGAAAUCUUGCUUUCGACGGUGAAGCACGAGAUUUUGCACGCGCUGGGCUUUUCGGUAAGUCUGUACGCGUUCUACCGGGACUCCAAGGGCGAGCCCUUGACGGAGCGCCGGCUGGACACCGGGAAGCCGCCCCUGAACGAGACCUUGCAAACGUACCAAUGGAGCGACAAGGUGAUUAGGAGUUUCGUGCGGAAAAACUGGCUUGUCAAGUCGGGUGUGAUGCGAAGAGAGGUGAAUAUGAUUGUCACGCGAAACGUAGUAAGGGAAGUUCGUGAUUACUUCAAAUGCGAGGAGCUGGAAGGGGCAGAGCUGGAAGAUCAAGGUGAGGAAGGAACGGCGUUGACUCACUGGGAAAAGCGUGUGUUUGAAAACGAGGCAAUGACGGGAACGCACACCCAGAACCCGAUCAUCUCGCGCAUCACUCUGGCCCUGAUGGAAGACACCGGGUGGUACCUGGCCAACUACUCGAUGGCCGAGCCGAUGUCGUGGGGCAAAGGUCUCGGCUGCGACUUCGUCAUGAAAAGCUGCAAAGAGUGGAUAACAAUAAAGUCUUCAAGAGGAGCCUCGAUCCACCCAUUCUGCAAUAAAGUCAAGCGUGAUCCUUUGCAAACGGAAUGCACAGAUGAUCGUACGUCGGUUGCCCUUUGCAACCUGGUCGCUCAUGAAACUAAGCUUCCUCAAUUAUAUCAGAAUUUUGAUUACAUUAAAUACGUCGAGCCGGGGACCGAGGAGUAUUACGGCGGGUCGGUCGCUCUGGCCGACUACUGCCCGUACAUCCAGGAAUUCACCUGGCGCUCAAAGAACGUCAUUGUGCGAGGAUCGCAUUGCCAGUACGCCGAGAAUAAUCCGAAGCCCGAUAAGAAUUUCGCUUUAGAGAAAUACGGGGAAAACUCGCGUUGCUUUGAACAUACUAAUCAAAUGUGGGAAGAGAGAUCAUGCGGCCAAAUGAGACAAUGGCAACAUUGGGGCUCGGGUUGCUACGGCUACCGCUGCCAGCACGGACGCCUACAUAUUUUGGUGGAUAAUUACUCGUACGAGUGCUUCCACCCGAAUCAAGAGAUCUCGAUACGAAUCAUCAACAACGGAUGGCUUCACAAAGGUGCCAUAGUCUGCCCACCCUGCCGGGAGCUCUGCGCUCGGGAGUUUGCCCAACGGAACGAAAGUUGCAAGGGAAACGACGAGGCUCCUCCAGCAACGGCGUAUCCAAGAGACGAGCUUAAGUGUUCCUCAACCAUUCCAAGACUAAGCGGUUCCCUAUUGCUCCUAAUUCUGUUUUUCUCCACAUGUGCCAGAGAACAUCUAGUCUAAUGUACUUGGAACGUUUUCAAACUUAUUUUUCUAUGUCCAAAUUUGGUAUACAUUCCAAAAUUAAAUGAACAUGGCUGUGUAAAAUUAUUUUAAUUUAAAACUUUUAUUAGACGUACCUACCGUAAUAAGUAUUUUUACCUUAAUAUCCUAGUGUAUAUAUUUUCUAUCAACGAACAUUGUUUUAUCAAGCUUUGUAUUUAUUAUUAAUGUAGUAAUUCUCCAAAAAUAAUAAAAACAUUCUACAAAAGAA